AUGGAUGGCCUUCGGGCUAGUGCAGGGCUGCUGAGGCGAGGGAGGUUGCGGCGUCGGCGCCAGCCCCAGCAACACAGCGGGUCGGUCCUGACGCUGCCCUUGAGGCCCAGGAAGAUCCGAAGGCAGCUGAGGAGAAGUGUGGCGUCCCGCAUGGCCGCACUGAGGGCCCAGACCCUGCCAAAUGAGGAUUCAGAGGACUCGCGGGUGGAGUCGGCGGUCGACGGUCCCGGUGAUCCGUUGUCUGGUGGAGCGGCGGCAGCCAUUCCUGAUGCGGCCCGGCGUGAGUCGUACGGCCACCUCGGCCCUGCAGAGCUGCUGGCGGCACCGUUGGAGGCCCCGCCUGCAGCCCGCUCCCUGCAAACUCCUCGCGUCCUGGUGGAGGCGCAGACCCCGCCAGCGCGCCUGGUGGAAGCGCAGACGCCACCGGCGCGCUUGGUACCGGCUUCGGUGCCCGCACGCGUUGUGGAGACCUCACCCUUGCUGUGCAGUGCCCAGCACUUGGCCGCCCCACCGUCAAUGGCCCCUGCUACGAUGUCGGGGCCGCAGGGGGAUAGCACCGGCGGGGAGCUUCCCUGGGGCUCCCCGCUGCAGCGUGUCCUGGCUGAGCUGAACCGCAUUCCUAACAGCCGCCGACGGGCUGCGCGCCUCUUCGAAUGGCUCAUCACACCCAUGCCCCCAGAGCAUUUUUAUCGGCGCCUAUGGGAGCGGGAGGCGGUGCUGGUGCGGCGGCAGGACCACACCUACUACCAAGGCCUUUUCUCUACCGGGGACCUGGAUGCGAUGUUGCGCACCGAGGACAUACAAUUCGGGCAGCACCUUGACGCUGCGCGCUACAUCAACGGGCGGCGCGAGACCCUAAACCCUCCGGGCCGCGCCUUGCCCGCCGCCGCAUGGUCCCUGUACCAGGCCGGCUGCUCUUUGCGUCUUCUCUGUCCGCAGGCUUUCUCCACCACCGUGUGGCAGUUUUUGGCGGUGCUCCAGGAACAGUUUGGAAGCAUGGCAGGCUCCAACAUUUACCUCACACCCCCCAACUCGCAGGGCUUUGCCCCCCACUACGACGACAUCGAGGCUUUCGUGCUGCAGCUGGAAGGUAGGAAACUCUGGCGCGUCUACCGACCCCGCGUCCCCGCCGAGGAGCUGGCAUUGACAUCCAGCCCUAACUUCAGCCAGGAGGACUUGGGAGAGCCAGUACUGCAGACCAUGCUGGAACCUGGGGAUUUGCUCUAUUUUCCUCGCGGCUUCAUUCACCAAGCGGAAUGCCAGGAUGGGGUGCACUCUCUGCACCUCACCUUGUCCACAUACCAGCGCAAUACCUGGGGCGACUUCCUGGAGGCUGUACUACCUCUGGCUGUGCAGGCUGCAAUGGAAGAAAACGUGGAGUUUCGUAGAGGUCUGCCCCGAGACUUCAUGGAUUACAUGGGGGCACAGCAUUCAGAGUCUAAGGAUCCGCGAAGAACCGCUUUCAUGGAGAAGGUGCGGGUCUUGGUAGCCCGCCUGGGACAUUUUGCACCUGUCGAUGCUGUGGCUGACCAACGAGCCAAAGACUUCAUCCACGAUUCUUUGCCCCCUGUGUUGACUGAUAGGGAGAGGGCACUGAGUGUUUAUGGGCUCCCAAUUCGCUGGGAGGCUGGAGAACCUGUAAAUGUUGGGGCCCAGUUGACUACAGAAACAGAAGUCCACAUGCUUCAGGAUGGGAUAGCUCGGCUGGUGGGUGAGGGAGGCCGUUUGUUUCUCUAUUACACAGUGGAAAACUCCCGUGUUUAUCAUCUGGAAGAGCCCAAGUACUUGGAGAUAUACCCCCAGCAAGCUGAUGCCAUGGAACUCUUGCUUCGCUCCUACCCAGAGUUUGUGAGAGUAGGAGACUUGCCCUGUGACAGUGUGGAGGAUCAGCUUUCCUUGGCAACUAUGUUAUAUGAUAAGGGGCUGCUGAUCACCAAGAUGCCUCUAACCUUAAACUAG